CCCGCCGGGCCUUCACGGAAUCUACGGCGAGUGCCGCCGCCUCUACCCCGAGCAGCCCAACCCGCUGCAGGUCACCGCCAUCCUCAAGUACUGGUGAGGCAGCCUGGGGCUGGCGGAACGGUGGGGCUUGGAACGUUGUGUGGGGUUAGGAGAUCUUUGUGUGGAGUUUGGAAGUCUUGUAUGGGGCUCGAGGGGCCUCGUGUGGGGCUUGUGGGGCCUUCUGAGGAGCUGGGGGCCUUGCGUGGCGCUGAAGAGAAUUGUGGGGUUUGAGGAGUGUUGGGGAAACAGUGGAGUUGAGAGGAGGCAUAGGGGCUGAGGGCCGUGUGUGGAGUUGUGGGGAAGUACUGGUCCUGGAGGGGCUAUGGGCAAAGAGCAUUGGAGCUGAGGGCCCCGUGUAGGGUUUCGGAGGAUUCUGGGAGAGUGGGAAUUGCAUGGGGUCAGAGAGAGGCGCUGAGGCAGCAGAGGGUAGGAAGGUAAGAAGGCUGGGGGUUGGGUGCUGAAUUUGGGAAGAGAAGUAAUGGGAAGGUUUGGUGUAGUGGGCCUGGGGGUGUGAUGGAAUUGAGGGUGCGAGGGGCAACAUGCUGGGUGGAGGGAGGGCUGUGCCGGAGAGCAAACAUCUGGGGGAGGGACUGGAAGUGGGAGAGGUGUUUCUGGGGUGGCACAAAGCUUCCCUCAGUGGGGAUGGGACUAGGUAGUGGGAGAAGGGAGCGUGUUUCCUCAUCUGAGCAGUUCAUGGUGGGGAUGGUGGGGCUGGGGUUUCUUCUCCUGGGCAGGAGACUCAAACUCUUUCUGCUGACCUGGAGCUUGGGGUGCAAGUAUGGCCCAUGCUUACCAGUGUGCCAGCAUCCGAGCCUAAUGCGUGCUGUGUGUGCCUGUGGACCUGAGGAACAGACGCAGCUUUUCUUGCCUGUGUGUUGCCACGUGUUACCACAGACUGAGAAUCUGUUGCUUCUUCCCAUCCCCACUGACAUGGUGUCUGACACAGUAACAGCAGUUGUUUAUGUGGAAGAGUGGCAUGAAGGAAGUACUUGGAUGUCUAGCUAGAUAAGUGUCUGGUAUCUAGCCCUGUGGGAAGUUGUUCCUUUUGAUUUUGUCCUCAUUCUGCUGCUUAGCCUUCUCUUCUGGAUCAGAGGAACAUGAUCAGGUGAUCUCUGGGUCUGUGUCUGGUGAACCUGGCGUUAAAUGGUUUCCAGUCCAGCACUGUGAAAAAAAUUUAGUGAAAGCUCAACGUCUAUGCUUACAGUUCAUUUUAACUUCUGUGUGUAUUUGGCUGAGUCCUGAGCAGCAGAAUAAUGUCCUCCCUGUGCUCUGCUCCAACAGCCGCAUUGUUGCCGUUGUUUUUUGAAGAAGUGCUCUUUAAUGAGCUUCAAGCAAGAAAUUUCUUAGUCCAUGUUGCUUAGAGCAUUUUUAGUUAAUCACUUAAACUGGCAGGGUGGGCUGAGGUGAUUUGUUAGUCAUAUGCGUUGGCCAGUGCUGCAGCACUGCAGUGAGGGUCUGAUCAGUUUUUUACACCUGUUUCUACUCUGAGAUGGACGAGCUCAGUGAGUUUCCAACCACUGUGAUUUGGGAGUCAGUGCUUACUUUUCUUUCACUGUCUUGGAGCAGUACUGGCCGGAGUGAUGUCAGAUUGGUGUGAGACAGAGAGAGAGGGAGGUUUGUGAUAGUGAUCCAGCCUGUUUGUUCCUCUCCCUUGGCCAGCCCAGGGGGCAGAACCUGGAGUUUGAUGCCGUGGAACCUGGGAGAAGGGCUUCUGCUGCGGCUUGGUCUCCUCUGCCUGAGCUGCAAGAUAAGAGCUGGUCUAGAUGAAAAGAAAUUGCUGAGCAAAGUUCUGUGCCUUAAGAUAAAUAUUGUGACGCUAAUCAGCUUUAUAAUUAUAGCUAUUGGUUUCUCUAUUGUUAGCAGCGAUUAUUUUUGUUCAGGUAGCUGCAGCUGCGUUCUUGGCAUGCACAGCAGAUCCUUCCUUUGUACAGGUGGAGAAUCUUCAGGAUCACAUACCCAUGGAGUGAGGGGGCUGUGUGGCAUUUUAUGUGGAACUAGUCCUUUUUUUUCACAUGACUUCCAGAUCUUGGGAGAAAAUUCCUGAUUGCCAUUGAAACUUCUUGGAUGAGCUCCUGGCUAUAUUUAUUUACCAUAAACGACCCCCCGCAAAGUGUUCAGGGGAAAUGGACUGGAAAUUUUCCAUUAAUUUUUUUUUCUCUUUUGGGGCUGUUUCCUCUGCCUGCUUUGGGUUUAUCCCUGGACAAACACUUCAGCAACUCCUAACAGCAUUCAGAGAAAGCUCUGUAUGCAGAUGCAAAUACCACUUUUCCCCUGAGGCUGCCCUUCUUUCUCCUGAAUGAGCACAAUGAAUAGAGAAUGCAACAAAUUUGUACCAUACCUGCAGCUUUGAAGUUGGGCUCUCUUUAAUAAAUUCCUCCAACGCUUCCAGCUCUUUGUGUGAACCCACAUACUGAUAUGUAGAUGUGAUAUGAGGUGAGCCCUGCAGGAGCUGUGGGCGGCAGGACAUACCGGGGCAGGAGUUGUUGGUGCAGCACCAAAACCUGCCCCCAAAUGGGGUAAACUUGUGCCGCAGCCCUUGUGUGGCUCUUCUGCCAGGGGUGAGAUCCUGGCUGUGCUGUGGGGAGGGGCUGCCUGAAGCCAGUGCAGGGUGCUCCUGUGCUUGUACCUGUGCUGUGCCAUGAAAGGAUGGUUUGAGGGUUUGCCCAGCGUGCUGUCAGUGUCACAACACCUUUGUCAGCUCCCAUCUGACUCAUUUGACAUCUAAGGUGUUAUUAAACCCAAUUUAGUAGCAGGUUCUGUGGGAGGGGGGAAUACUUGUUGCUUAGUAGGUGGGGAUGUUUUCCCUUUUGUUUGGGAAUCCUAUGUAUCAGCUCUGAGGACGUGCUCACAUCCUACGCACUGCUGACUGCUGUGUUGAGCACUCUUUCCCUCAAGCCUUCCACUUGGGUAGCUUUGUUUGAGCACUUAUUUGGGGCUCUCCUCAAGGGAUCUGCAUGCUCGUGUUGCUCGUUUCCCUCAGAAAAAUGGGGCCAUGCACUUCUGCCCAGCUUGAGAACAAGAUUUUAGAACCAGGCACAGGGAAAAAUCAACACUUGCAGUUUCCCAGGUAGGUUUCCUUGCAAACACUGGGCUAGGAAGAUGGCCUGGACCUCGUUAGCGCUUCAUGGGGCGCGGGGGCUCUGAGAUGUACAUGUGAAGAUUGGACCCCCAUAUGCCAUGUUUCAUGGGUAUUGUGGCUGUGUCCAGGCUGGGAUUCCUUUGGCCCUAGUCCCAUUGCUUUGGGCAGAAUGCUCACUGUUCCAGCCCAUGCUUCUCAUGGCUGCAUCGCCGGCCAGUCCCACGAUGCCAGAGCUAGUCUGGUGUGACUUGCAAGGAAGGAAAUUGUGAGGGGCUGUCAUGCUCUAUGCCCCUUCUGUCCAACAUCAGGAGGAUUGCAAUUAGUGCUUUGCUGUUUGAUCACCCUAGAACUCCCUUGCAGGACAGGGUGUCUGCUUCCAGGUGUGGAUGUAAACACAGGGUCCUGGAGCAUGCUGCAAGCAGGCUGGAUUCUGUGACUGCUUCUUCCCAAGUCUGCUGCUGUUUGAUAUAAGGCAGUAGUACUUCAAUCAUGGCAGAAAAUUGAGGUGUUUGUAUACUUUUCAUGCAGUGGUCCUGGUGCGCAGAAUGAAAUGCAAACCUCCAGGGCAAGAGAGGGAAGUAUAGGUAUGACCUGAAACCUGCUAAUGGCAGUGCUGGGAUCUGAGCAGGUGCUGCAGUUGAUGGUAAUUAAGCUAACAGGUAGAUUGAAUGAAAGACGUACUCUUAGUUUAGAUUUUCUCAUUUUGAGCAGUUGGGAGUGUUUAACUCAAGGAGAAGAAGAAUUGGAUAAAGGAGGCAGUUACAUUUCUCUCCUGUUCCGUGGCUGUGGGGCACUUAGCAAGUUGAGCACCAGGCUCUGCCAGCAUGGCCACCACGUCCCCAUGUCCCUGGGUAGCAGGUGGCUGCCUGGCUCUGCUGGUGGCUGAGUCACCAGCCUUGUGCUGCAGCAGAGCCUGCGCUCACCUUUUGCUCCUUCUUGAUUAAUGCAGCUCAUGCAUUUUACAGGUUGGGGGGACCCGAUCCUCUGGACUACGUUAGCAUGUACAGAAACAUAGGGAACCCAGCGCUGAAUGUUCCUGAGCACUGGCACUAUGUCAGUUUUGGGUUAAGUGACUUGUAUGGAGACAACAGAGUACAUGAGUUUACGGGAACAGAUGGACCAAGUGGUUUUGGAUUUGAGUUGACAUUUCGACUAAAGAGAGAAACGGGGGAGUCAGCUCCACCUACCUGGCCAGCAGAGUUAAUGCAAGGCUUAGCAAGAUAUGUCUUCCAGUCAGAAAACACCUUCUGCAGCGGUGACCAUGUGUCAUGGCACAGCCCUUUGGACAACAGUGAGUCCAGAAUCCAGCAUAUGUUGCUGACAGAAGACCCUCAGAUGCAGCCUGUGCAGACUCCUUUUGGGGUUGUUACUUUCCUACAGAUUGUUGGGGUUUGCACUGAGGAACUGCAUGCAGCUCAGCAAUGGAACGGGCAAGGAAUCUUGGAGCUGCUUCGGACUGUCCCAGUAGCUGGAGGCCCUUGGCUGAUAACAGACAUGCGAAGAGGAGAAACAAUAUUUGAAAUUGACCCGCAUCUGCAACAGGAGAGAGUCGACAAAGGGAUUGAGACAGAUGGCUCAAACCUAAGUGGAGUGAGUGCCAAAUGUGCCUGGGAUGAUCUCAGCCGGCCCCCUGAGGAUGACGAAGACAGCAGGAGCAUUUGCAUCGGAACCCAGCCGCGGCGGCUCUCCGGGAAAGAUACGGAGCAAAUCAGGGAGACUUUGCGAAGAGGGCUGGAGAUUAACAGCAAACCUGUUCUACCUCCAAUAAAUGCACAAAGACAGAAUGGGUUGAACCAUGACCGAGCACCAAGCCGGAAGGACAGUUUAGAAAGCGAGAGCUCAGCAGCUAUCAUUCCUCAUGAGCUAAUCCGCACGAGACAGCUGGAAAGCGUACACCUGAAGUUUAACCAGGAGUCUGGAGCGCUGAUUCCCCUCUGCCUAAGGGGAAGGCUCUUACAUGGACGGCACUUUACAUAUAAAAGUAUUACAGGGGACACAGCAAUCACGUUUGUAUCAACGGGAGUAGAAGGAGCAUUUGCUACAGAGGAGCACCCCUAUGCAGCACAUGGACCUUGGUUACAAAUCCUAUUGACUGAAGAGUUCGUAGAGAGAAUGCUGGAAGAUUUAGAAGAUCUGAAUUCUCCAGAGGAAUUUAAACUUCCAAAGGAGUACAGCUGGCCUGAAAAGAAACUGAAAGUCUCCAUCUUGCCAGAUGCUGUGUUCGACAACCCGCUGCAUUAGAGCUGAAUUACACCCUUCUAACAACUGGGAGAGCCAAGUUACUGUCCAUUACCCAGUGACUCACAGGAUAAUUAAUGCAGUAAAAACUCUGCCUGCAAAUAAAGAGUUCGCUGCACAACCACUGCAAACAGAAGAGGAGCAACUCAGCACCAGCCCAGACCGAACUGAGCCCUUUCCUUUAUCCUUCCCAAGGCUGAGCUCUCUGGGAACAGCCUGCGUAUGUGUGAGUGCGAGUGAGAAAUAUUUAACUAUGAAAAUUAGUAGUAAGAAUCCUUUCUCUUUCCUAGCUACAAAACUUCCCUCUGCCUUAGCCCAGGGUGUAGGCGCUCUGCACGCCUGUAUUUACACAUGCAUUCUGCCAGGUGCAAGCCUAUAAUCCAUGGAUUAAAUGUUCUUUACGUGACUCUGGAGUCCUUUUGUUAGCCAAACUUUUACUGACUGCAGAACUGUUCUUCCAUGUGCUAUUUUUUUUUCUUUUCAGAAACAGAAUGGUAUUUCCCCUGUUUAAAGGAGGCCAAAAGCUCACAUGCUUGAAGCUGAACAGAUUUAAAGAUGAACUUUCUAGUUCAGUCAAGAAAAACAAACCCAGAUACUCCCUGCCCUCAAAUUAGGCAUGUUUUAAGUGUUGGUCUUGGUGCUAUUAGCUAUGGUAUCGCUGCAAACAGAGGCAACUUUAUUCUCACGCAUCCUGUCCUUGUGCCUGAACCCCAGGGAAGGUCGCAACCUCUGGUUUUGCACAAGCAGGAGGAAGAAAGCUACCGGGGCGGGGGAGAUCUCCUGUUUACAGUGUGUUUAUCUUUAAAGAGAUACUGUCAAGUAUUUUUUCUUUGCUAUUGUACAGAAUUUGAGAAGCUAGAAAGAACCGUUUGUUCACAAGGCAACUUCAGCAGCUCUGCAGGAUCCAGAGGGGAGGCUCAGCCUCGGUAAAUCCAGCUAUUCUUGUCGCAGUGGGAGUUGUGCCCUAUCACAGCUCUGUUUUCCCCUCCAGCCUUGCAGUGGUGGCUCUUGUGGCAGCUGGUGUCCCUCCUUUCAGGUGGAUUCGGACUGAAAAGCAUUAAAAGCAGAUUGAAAAGGCCAUCUCCUUUAGAUCCCUGUGGCCUCUCGCCCAGAGCCAAACGCUGUGCAGAGGACGUGGUCUGCUCGGUCAUGUUGUGUCUCUGCAUGGUGAUGCUGGCCCCUGUGGUUAUGCUGAAGCAGUCAACUGCAGGCUUCACCCCCUGCUGCUGCUGCAGGUUGUUCCUGAUGCAUAUUCCCCCAACCCUUCUUUGCCCAUUGUCUUUCAGUGGCAACUUUUCUCUCCUGUCAGAGGAGGUGCGGCUUUCUCUUCCACCCCUUUCUGCCAACUUAGCUUGGCUGUUUCUUCUUCCCAAGUUGUGUGCAACUGCCAGUUGCCGUGUGAUCUUAAUACAAGUAUAACAAUAGCUGUUAACACUUAACUCCCCUGAUCCCCUGUCCAGGAGGCCUCUUGGUACCCCAGGCUUGAAUUUCUGUUUGUUUUUUCUUCCUGGCACAGACGGCUUUGAUGUUUUUCGCAUAUAUUUGAGGCUGGUUAAUGCUGGUCAAGAAGCAGAGCUAGGAGCCACAAAGCUUUCCUUGGACUUGCUACAGAAUUCCUCUGUGGCCUCAGGCAAGUCACUCAAUGUCUCUCUGUGCAGAGAGGGUGAUUAUUGACUAGAGGGCUGUAGGACCUACCGAAGCAUGCCAGGGUUUGCAGGGGAGGGCGUGCUUUGUGUACAAAGUAGUAUUUGUAUUAUUAUAAUUGUUGUUAUAUUAUAAUUUAAGGCAGGCCAAAUGCAGGGUCCAACACUGCUCAGCAGAACCUUCCUUUCUGCAAAGCUACGAAAGCAAUUUACAUGUAAAUGAGUUUGUCAUUUUGUCUGAACUCAGCGGAUCAUCUUAAAAUCCUGCUGUGAAAGAACAAACUUUCAGAUAUCUGCAUGUGCCAGCCAGAGUGAUUUCUGUGCUGUGGCAGACUGCAUUCAUCCAUGGGAUCUAUUGGCUAGUUUUCAUUGUCCUAGUUCACACUAAGCCUGCACAAGCCUUCUGCACUCAAGAUGCAUAUCCAGGGGACACUGUGGACUGGAGAACAGCAUGGAAAUCUACCAGUCCAGCUUCAGAAACGGUAUCACCAAGAGUCCUGUCACAAGAUAAUGAACAAUCGGACAGUUUCAGUGGCCAGAAAAAGGGCAGGGCAAAAACUACAAUAUUGUCCCAGAAUCAUCUACCAGCAGUAGCCCAUGGACUGCUCUGGUAUGGGCUUGCUGAGGGUGCCUGCAGCAGCACUGGCCCAUCACCAAUGAGGCUGGCUGCUCUUCCUUCUUUCCAGAUGCUAGCCUUCGUUAAAAGGAGCUUCAAGUCCACAUCUUGGUGGAGAAGGGGUUUUUGGAAGGUCAGUUGUUGCUUUUCCUGCAGAGAUCAGCACAGGGCAGAGAGAAGUCCAUCAGACCCUCUGUGGGUCUGACACAUCUGGAAGGCUGAGGACCUCCUGCCCUGUGACUUCUGGGAGCCUUUGCAGCAGGUGGGCAGGUGGCUCCUCCAAGCUGUCUUGUGCUCCAGUUGUCUAUGCGUAUGUUUUCCUCACCAUAUUUACUCUCAUCAGACGCUCUGGGUUGGGUUUUCAUUGACUUCAGAGGGAGCACACUGAAUGCAUUUGAAAAUCCACCCAGUAUUCUUGUGUGUGUGUUUUUUCGUUCCAUGUCAUGUAUUUAUAUAUAGUUCUGUGUAUUGAGUUAUGAACAGGUGGCAUGCCAGAAAUCUCUAUUUCCGUGACAUUUUCUCAGCACAUCUUUGCCCGUAGCUGGAUAACAAUUAUGGGGAAGAUUUCAGGGGAAGGAAGCUAGGGGGGAAAAUAUUAGACGAAUGUUAACUGCUAAAAUAGAAGACUGUCUUAUUGUUAGACCAACUAUAAGAGAGAAACUGGUGAAAGUCAACCGUUAAGCUCCAAGGUCGUCCUGCUGCCUCUCAACAGUUAUCGAGAAAAAGAAAGUUGCAUGUUAUUCAGCGUUGUGAGGAGCUGUUCACCCACAGGACCUCCCCUCCCUUGAUUCGCUUCAAGUUUGCAACUAUGCCAAAGGCUUACUCAUUGGCAAGUAAAUGAGAUCUCGAGUUUGGAUAUUUUCAUCUUGGGGCAAGAGGACAUGCCUGUGUGUGAAGGAACUGGAAAAGAAACCUUUGUAUUUUAGUGAGCAAAUAGUUUUAAAAAGGGAAAUGCACCAGCGUUAGUAAAUGCCAUGCUAUUUUCUAGCCCAAACCUGCUGAGGUAGUAGGUCUACUGGUGCUGAUUUUUCUCCUAGAUUGUGUAAAAGGUCUGAAGCAGGAUUAUAUGAAGCCAAAACCUAUGAGGCGUCUGUUGUCUAGAGAUAGUGAUCUGGAUAUAAAUGUCAGUUUAAAAUAAGUGGGUGCAGGUUUUCUCUCUCCUGGAGAAAUCGCAUGAUGCAGUGAGGUAGGGGUAUUUCCAAAGAUGAAGAGCCUCGUGGCAGAUCUGCAAUGCCUUGAAAAUGCAACAUGUGACAGCAGUUCUGGAACAAGGGAAGUCCCAAAAGCCAGGACUACUUUCCUUCUCAACUUGUGAUUAAAAACAGAAGGAAGAUUGUAUAGUUUCAGCAUGUGGGAUAUGACCUGGGCAGAGCAGUCGGUCUUGUAGCUGGAGUGACCUACAGUGAUAUUUUCAGUGGCUUAGUUAGGCAGUGCCUGCUGUGUAUAAGAUCUUUGAGGAUGGUGAUAUAUUGGUUUUACUGUACGUAGAUAUGCCAGCAGUGAUUUGAAGUGAUACUCUGAAGCUCCUCACUUCAAAUAUUCAGUUGCUCUUGGAUGACUUUUGAAAUGACACCAUCGGGUCAUCAAAUGGUCUUUGAAGAAGUGGGGAUUUUGUUUUUCAUCUGCGACCAGUAGAAAUAUUUAGGAGGUGUAGCUUUAAAAAAAAAUAGUUGAAAGCAGAGCUUGGCUUGGAGGGGACAGAUUGCCGGGGAGAGGCUGUGUGCUGGAGGCAGGUUAGCAGCCUCCCUUGCACCCACAGCUGGGGCUACUUUGAGGCAGCACCAUCCUUUGCGCCAUCUCAGCGGGAUGCAGGGAAGCCAGAAACCAAAGGCAACGGCACUGAGCUGCAGUGGUGCCUGCAGACCAGUCCUCGUGUCCGCACCACAACCUACUGAGGUCCUGUGUGGGGCUAAGGACCUGGCUGUGCACGUCCCACUGCAUGUUCACACCUUGGCCUGUGCCCAUUGCUGAGGGUGUGGGCUGCAAAUGACUGUGUUAGCUCAGAGAUGGGGAAUGGCGAUGCAGCUGCUUCUGAAUCGUUUGGUUUUUUAAUGAGCGUGGGGCAGGGAGUGGAGCUCUCGCUCCGCUGCCCCCCAAGGGAGCCCCCAGGCUGGUCCGUUCGCUUCAUCAAAUGUCCCCCAGCUCCUCACAAAAACCUCUCUGAGAUGCUUCACUGAGGAUGUUGGGCUGGCUGCGUGCUUCUCAGGGCUGCUGGUUGGAGGAUGCAUCUGCAUGGGGACUCGGCUGUUUGUCUGUCUGCCCUGGUGGUCAUCACCUCCUAGGCAGGCGUCCAGAGCUUGUGGCCCACUUUGCAGGCCUGUAUCUGGCUGUUGAAAGGCAGCCCCACACCAGUGGGGAGACAUUCAAGGUCAAGCUGGAUGGGGCUCUGAGUACCUGAUGGAGCUGUAGGUGUUGCUGUUCAUUGCAGGGGAAUUGGACCAGAUGGCCUUUAAGGGUCCUUUCCAACUCAAAUGAUUUGAUGAUUCUAUGAGAACCUUCAGACCUGAUGAGCCCUCAGACCCACGCGCCCCAUUUUCCCCUAGCCUGGACACAGUGCUGCUGGGUGGAAUCCUGGGCUUCAGCUCAUGUGUUGCUCCUGGGUGAGCUGGGGGCACUGCCAGCACCAGGACAGCCCCCAGGCUCAGGAGGCGAUCCUGUGCAAGUGCCCUCCUUCAGAUCCCAUAUUGUGCCUUAAUUCUCCCUUCAAGCGACGCUGUGAGGGCAGAUGAGCUGUCGAGCAACCGGGAAUCCCUCUCAGUGCAUCUGUCCCCAUCCAUAAAAGCAGGCUUGCCCAGAAGCCAGACUGCAUCCAAAACAAGCUCUAUAUGCACGGUUGCCAGUGGGGUUCACAUCCCGAGAUGUUAAAGCUGGAUUUAGGUCUCUGGGACCAGAUUUUAACAAGCUCUGUAGCAACCUAUUAUUUUUGUAACAUUUUUUUUUUUCUGUUGUGCGGUGCCUGCUUGUCCUCUUUAAAAAACAAAACAAAACGAAGCAAAACAAACCAGCUUGUGUUCGACACCAGUCCAACAUUUCAAGCAGAGAAGAAGCCUGAGAUGGCACAGGCUGCAGGCCUGCCCGUGGGGCUCCCCUAAAGCUGUGGGCACACUCCAGCACUGCCAGCAGGCCCCAAGUGGCCCUCAGCUUGCCACAAAGGGAGCCCGGCCCCUCGUGGGCUCAGCGGCCUUGGGCUAAGCUGCGCACGUGAGGCCUACUGCGGCCUACCAGCACCCGCUGCUGUUGUUUAUACUCCAGCCAUAAUGCUGCGUCUCCUCUCUUUUAAUAAAAAAGAGGAAGGGAGAGGAAAAGAAACAGCCUCUCAAAGCUGGAGGAAAAUUCCCUGCCGAUUGUUGUGUUUUGCAAACACUGCUCUUUUCUCUCGGCCUGUCCCUCCUCUCCCCGGCGAAGCUGGAGAUCAAAAUGGCUCCUUUGUUCCUGUCCCUGGGGCCCAACCGCAAUGAAAGAGCAGCUCCGGAAAUACUGCGCUGCACGCAUAGCGGCGCUGAGGGUGGGAGGGACCGCACCGUGGCGGUAGGUCCUACAUCAACACGGCAUGUUUGGGUGGGUGCAGCAGCCCCGUGCCCCUCUGCUGUCUGUGCUGCCCUGAUUCCACAGCCCUGAGGCGGCGGGGGGCUUCCCGGCCUCACUCCGACCCCACGGGGGAUUUCAGCCCUUCACACCCCUCUCCUUCCCACCCGCGCUGGGCACUGCGGUGUUCCCCUACAGCGGUGCGGGGUGCAGGCUCUGCUGGUCGGCGUGGUGCUUUGCAUUGCAGAGGGUUUCUGCACGGCUUCCCGGGGGGACUCGGGGACUCCUGUCGGGCCCUUGGAGAUGGCCUUUCUCCCCCACCCCACCCCCUUUGUUCUUUUUUCUUUUUCUUUUUUUUUUUUUUUUUUUUAUAAAAGACAAAACAGAAAGCUAAACUAGCAGAUGUUUUUAAAUAUUUUAUAUUAGUUUCUAAUGUAAAUUCUUACAUUGUUAUUUCAGUGCUGGGUAUGUUUUGCCUGCACGUGACUUUUGUAAUAUUUUUGUGAAUCACUAAACGUCUUCUCCUCCCGUGUAUCCUAAGUGCAUUAAAGGUAUUUGCAUACUU